AUGGAGACUCUUUCGAUUGGUGAACGAUUCGAUCCAACCAAAUCGGAGUUGGUAGAAUAUCUUCGCAACAAGGUUCAAAAAGGGAAGAACGGUUACAUAACAGACAUGGACGUGUACGAAGACGAACCGUGGCUUCUUCAGCACCUAACACGACAUCCUCAGUUCAUGGAAAGAGAAUGGUUCUACUUUGUUCCGACAACACAAGGAGGUGGUAGUAAACCGAAACGGACUGUACCUGGAAAAGACGGCGAAUGCGAAGGCGGCACGUGGAGGAGCAUUGGUCGGGAAAGAAAGCGCCUCAAGGAAAACAAGGUCGUGAUAGGGUACAAACAGAGUUUCGUGUACUACAAGAAACUGAAGGGAAACCCACAAGGAAAAAGGACUGAUUGGUUUAUGAAGGAGUUUUCCCUUUGUGAUGAUGAGUUACAAGAUUGGGUCUUGUGUAGGAUCCGACACAAGCCGUCUGAGAAGAAAGAGUCGUAUGAACAAAAGGAAGAAGAUGGUGGUUUACUAGGUUUAGCUGAUGAGUUUGGUAAGACGGUACUAGAGGAACAAGAGACACCGAUUCUUCUACCUCAAGGCCAAGAUUCAGGAUUCGAGACUACUACGCAGAGCAGCAACAAUGAGUGGUGGGAUGAUUUGAUAUAUGAGCAAAUACAAAAGCUGCCAGAGAUUCUUCAAGCUCAAGAUUCACGAGGAGGAUUCGUAGAUCAAGGCCUUGCUGGAGGUGAUAUGAUGAUGCAUCGUAGUACUAAUCCUGGCUUCGAAUGGGAAAAUUCAGGGUGCAUUUGUGCAACUCCGAUGACGGAAAUCGAUGAAUUCUCCGGAGUAAAAAUGUAG